AUGGAUGGAACUAAAACCAUUAGGCGAAGAACGCAUGACUAUGAGUUCAACGAAAAUAGUCAGUUCAAACGAAAACGAAAACGAGAAACUGAAACAGAUAAUACAAACUCAGUGGAAAUUUUAGGUGAAUCUCAUGUAAUAUUCACAUCAAAAAAUACUGGAAAUAAUCAUUAUUGGUGUCAAGAUACUUCAAGACAUAAUACAAAAUGUUUUUUUCCAAAUGGAACUUAUGGUGAAUCAAGACUUGUUGAGAAUAUACAAAAUAAUAAUAAUAAUAACAAUAGCAGUGGAAGACGUUUUUUGUCUAGUCCACAAAAUGGACACAGCAAAGAAAAGCUUCCUAAUUGCACUAUUGGACGUACAACAGCUGCUGAAAUCCAUUCUUCAUUACCGUCACUGCCUCCUAGUUUGAGGGAAUCGGAACGCAUGUUGCAUGUUCAACGUUGGAUAAAUAGUAUCCCACCUGAUUUACCAUCCUGGAUACAAGUAUCACAUAAUAAAAUAAUCCCGGUUACUAAUCCACAUGAAUCUUAUGCUGAAGUAGAAGAUUCAAUCAUAUCUGAAAUUCCAGAUACAUCAGAUCUCGCUUCUAAUCAUGAUAUUUUAGACUGUAAUCCUGGUUGUAAUUUGAAUUCUGUCAAUCAAACUAUGGAUUAUUAUUCUAAACAACCAAAUAAUCAUUCAUCUAAUCCUUCUACACAAAAAUCAUUAUCUAAAAUUCCUGGCGUUUCAGUUGCUCCUCCUUUACAACCACCUCCGUUUCCACCGUUACCACCACCGCCUAUGCCACCUCCGACACAUUCACAAUCAUCUCUUCCACUUCAAUUGCAUUCAUCUGUUCAACAUGGGCAUAGCAGUAAUAAUAAUAAUAAUAAUAAUAAUAAUAAUAAUAAUAAUAACACUUCUUUAGGUAUAAUUCCUUCAAAAUUUUCUACUAUACCAAGUGGUAGUACAGUUAACUCUCAUCAAAAUCUACUUACUCCUAUACAGUCAAAUCAGGAUAUGAACCUAUCGAAUCAUCCUCAUCAACAUCCGCAUCAAUAUUGUAUGAAUAAUGAUCAUAAUCAAUUGAAUUAUUCAUCUAGAGAUACAUUACUAAGUCAUCAUAUUGAUGGUGAACCAAAUCAUACUAAUAAUAGUAUUCACAAUAGUCAAAGACAUCCUAUUGGCGAUUCCAUGAAUUCAGGUGGACGAUUAUUCAAUGAUAUGGAAAUUCAAAUGAUAGUUAAGCUGUUCCAAGAUUAUUUCACCAAAGGUAGUUGUCCAAUGCUUAAAGAAGUUCGACGUCGUAUUAUGAACAAUUUUCUAGAAUCUAGACGAACACCUGUAGGAAUACGUGCAAAAAUUAAACGUCUGCAAAAAAGUGGACAAUGGACAGAUUACAUUACUACCUGA